GGGUGGCGGUGGCGGCGAACGCCUGCUUCGGCUUGUGAAGCUCUUCAAGGCAACGGACUGUGCCUGCUCCACACCUCCUUUUGUCUGAUCCCGGGACUGAGGCCUUAAGGGAAGAGGAGAGGAGAGGAGAGGAAGGGACACUCUCUCUCUUUGCCCCUCCUGCUUUUCGAGGAGAUAUGUCCAGGCCGUGUCCCCCCCCACCCCCCCCUGCCUCCCGGCCUCUGCGCGGCAUGAAGGGCACAGGGAGUCGUCAUGUCGGCAGACAACUCGUUCGGAGCAGGAGGCAGCGACGCCCAGCAGAGCCUGCAGUCCUUCUGGCCGCGAGUGAUGGAGGAGGUCCGAAACCUCACCAUGAAGGAUUUCCGCGUGCAGGAGCUUCCACUCGCUCGCAUCAAGAAGAUCAUGAAGCUGGACGAGGAUGUGAAGAUGAUCAGCGCUGAGGCUCCCGUUCUGUUCGCCAAGGCCGCCCAGAUCUUCAUCACCGAGCUCACCCUGCGGGCCUGGAUCCACACCGAGGACAACAAGCGCCGCACGCUCCAGAGGAACGACAUCGCCAUGGCGAUCACAAAAUUUGACCAGUUCGACUUCCUGAUUGACAUUGUGCCCCGGGAUGAGCUGAAGCCCCCGAAACGGCAGGAGGAGGUGCGUCAGUCGGUGGCCCCCGCAGAGCCGGUGCAGUAUUACUUCACCCUGGCGCAGCAGCCUGGAGCCGUUCAGGUGCAGGGCCAGCAGCAGGGCCAGCAGGCGGCUGCGCCCACCACCACCACCCUGCAGCCCGGCCAGAUCAUCAUCGCCCAGCCCCAGCAAGGCCAGGUGUUGCAGGGAGCCACUAUGCAGCAGCUACAGCAGGUGCAAGUGGCCCAGUCACAGGCCACGCCCAUCACGAGCGCGCCGGUCACCAUGCAGGUGGGCGAGGGUCAGCAGGUGCAGAUCGUGCAGGCGGCCCCGCAGGGCCAGGCACAGACGGCACAGCCGGCGGGACAGACCAUGCAGGUCAUGCAGCAGAUCAUCACCAACACGGGCGAGAUCCAGCAGAUCCCGGUGCAGCUGAAUACAGGCCAGCUACAGUACAUUCGCCUGGCCCAGCCCGUAUCUGGAACACAGGUCGUUCAAGGACAGAUCCAGACUCUCGCCACCAACGCACAGCAGAUCACGCAAACCGAGGUACAGCAAGGACAGCAGCAGUUCAAUCAGUUCACCGAUGGACAGCAGUUGUAUCAGAUCCAGCAGGUGACGAUGCCGGCAGGACAGGAGCUGUCCCAGCCUAUGUUCAUCCAGUCCACCAGCCAGACGGCUGACGGGCAGGUGACCACACAGGUCAGCGCAGACUGAGGCCCUCCACGCCCCGCCCGACUGCCCUCCGCCGCGCAAUAACCCAUCGGUCCAGCCUCCGCGGGACGCCGUGCCCCCGUCACCCGCCGCCCACCCCCCCGCCCCACCCUCUCGGCACAGGGGUGCCCAGCGCACAAACUCUGCUGCCGGAGUUCCGCCCAACACCUCUCGCUCUCUGCCCGAAAUGAUGCCCGACACCACUCCCUCACUCUGAUUAUCACCGUCAUCUCCACCUCUUCCUUUUUCCUCCUCUUCCUCGCACCUUGUGACUACUCCCAUCAUUCCAUAUCACCACUCUCCCCCCGUGUGUCUGCAAGCCUUAAAUGCGUGCGUGCGUGCGUGCGUGCGUGCGUGGGCUAGUAUGUGUCCACAUGUGGGCGUGUCCCUCUCCUUGUGUUUCGAAUUCCACAACGUUCCACCCCGGCGUCCCUCUGGACCAGGAAAAGGAUCAGGAAACCCAGCCCCCCACCCCUAUCCCUGGCUCCCCCCCCCAAUUUGUACAGCAGGGUGGGGGGGUCCACCCCCUCACUAUGAGGAACAGCCCCUCUGCCUCUGUGUCCCUUGUGAAAACCACCGUAGAUCUCCCCCAGAACAAACCCUGUUUUAUACCAUCACGUUCUUUUGUAAGAAUUCAUAAAUGUAAUGUAGUUUUUUGGGGUAUUGGUAUAUAAUUCCCCCCUUCCCACCAAACAAUAAGGUUUGUCACCUUUAUUUUAUGAUUAUUAUUAUUAUUAUUACCGUUCUUAUAAUUGUUGUUUUGCAUGUAGUUGAAAC